AUGGAGGUGGCGCAAAGCGAAAUUCUAGUAAGAGCCAAAUUUACAUUUUUAGCAUAUCAAAUAAGUGGGGUGCCUAAUGAAAUAAGCCGAGAUCCUGUUUCCGCAUUAAAAUCAAUUUCAAGUGAAAUAGGUGUUAUCUUAAACGUUGAAGAACUCAAAGAAAUCCAUACCGUAAAACAGAAAGCUGGAAGAUCAGUAGAGUCGAAUGGUUUUAGUAUUUGCAGCAAUGAAGUUACGAGUCUAGACCAUGUACUUAAAGGAAAUCCAAAUUCCGAAAUCUCGAUUUUUUUAUUUCACCAUGACUUGUCAGAUCAUCUAGGAAUGGUUGUUGAGCUGUGUGAUCUGAACCUAAAAAAUAGCCAAAAUAGUGAAAGUGUGGUUAUGUACAAAAGAAUUAAUUAUAAAAAAUUUAAGAAUGAAAUAAGUGAACAUGUCAUUAAUGCAAUGGACGUCAAUCAACUGGCAAAUGAAAUUAUAUCUGUUUGUCAAAAUGCCAUUAAUAGCGCCACCGUUUUAAAAAAAAGUAAAGGUAGUAGAGUAAAAUUUUUUUCUCCCUGGAUUGAUGAUGAAUGCGCCAACGUAAUUAAGAAAAGAAUUAUUGCGACCAAUAUAAAAAUAUUGAAACGUAAGCAAUAUGACGAAAUUCAAUUUUCAAAAGCUGAAAAUGAUCCUAAAAAGAAUUGGCAGUAUAUUAAGAAAUUGUUAUGUGGAGAAAACAAAAAACAAACAGUUUUUUUUCCGAAAGAAGCAAAUGCUGAUGAAAAAUGUGCCAAACUUAAUAGCUUUAAUGAAUUAUACGCAAUGGUAGGAGAAAAAAUGGCUGAGAAAUUCGAAAAAUCCAUAUACUUACCAAAAUGUAGUGUAGCUUUUGAGUUCAAAUUUAGAACAAUUAAUUUAAAAGAGUGUAUACAAGUAAUAAAUGGCUUAUCUAUUGCACGUGCGGCAGGGCCAGAUAAUAUUCAGCAACACUUGGUUAAAGCAUGCAGCAUGCCUGAGCCCAUGAAAUGCAGUAAAGUAAUACCUGUUUUUAAAAACCCUGGUAGUAUGGCUGAUUUAAAUUGCUUUAGACCUAUAGCACUUGUAUCAGUAUUUAGCAAAGUUAUUGAAACUGUCGCUAACAACCAAAUUAGCAAUUACUUAUACAGCAAAGGUUUAGUUAAGCGGCAACAAUACGGGUUUACGAGAAAAUCCAACACGCAAGCAGCUCUUUUUGAUAUUGUGAGUGAUGUACAAUCUGCGAUCGAUAGGGGUGAUAGGAGAAUUUUGCUCCGAGUACUAUUUGAACAUGGCAUAAAGGGUAAAGAAUACGAAUGGUUCCGCAACUAUUUCAGCGACAGAAAACAGUUCGCAGAAUGUGAUGGUGUAAUGAGUAGUUGUCAGAAAAACAAUUUUGGUGUUAUACAAGGAAGUUCGCUUGGGCCGGCUCUGUUUUCCUUGUACAUAAGUAGUCUGUUGGAUUUAAAUCUAAAUGGCAAACCGUACUUAUACGCAGACGAUCUAGCUAUUGUCUACAUUGCUAAAACAUGUCGAGAAAUAGAAGAUGCUAUCAUUUGCGAUUUAUUCCUGAUAAAAGAAUGGAUGGUUCAACAUAAACUCACUAUUAAUGCAUCUAAAACAAAAUAUAUUUUGUUCAAGCCUAGAGCGAAUGAUAUUUUAUGA